AUGUCCAAAUCCAGCUGUUUAGGUCUGAGUUUUAAACCCAAAUUCCAUCUUCGUGAUCCUUCUGUUUCAAUUUCUAAUGAGUCUGUUCCCUUUCUUGGUUCUGAGUCUUUCCUUUUCCUUGGAAUGCCAAUUAAUGGAAACUUGUCCGAUGAUAAUUUCAAAUCCUCUCUAAUAAGCAAGGUAAAGACUUUGAUGGAGAAAUUGGACAAUUGCCCUGUUAGUUGUCGGUGGAAACUAAAAUUAUACCAAAAUGGAAUCUUCCCAAGAUUGUCGUGGUACCUGUCUCUACUUCCUCUUUCACCAAGCUGGCUGCAAUCUGAAUUAGAUAGAAUUGUUACAUCUUACCUCAAGAAAUGGUGUAAACUUCGUCGCUCGGCCUGUACUGCCAUCUUCUACCUCCUCCCACAAAAUGCUGGUCUUGGCUUACCCCGUUUGUCUACGUCUUCCAUCUCUCUCCAGUCUUCAAAAUCUGCCCGUCUCUUAUCCUCACAUGACAACUGUGUCCGCUCUUUGGCCACCAGUCAAGCAUAUAAUAAAUCGUAUAGCAACAGAUUCUCUGCUUUUAGAGAAGCAGCAAAGUCACUAUCUGAAACACCAGGUGCUUCUGCAGCAAAAUUGAGUGACAUCACCAAAUCAAGACUAAAGGAGGAACACCAAAAACAACUUCUUGCAAGAACUAAGAAUCUACAUGUCCAGGGAUCCAUCUUCCGUCUAGAGAACUGUUCAUCUGACGUCUGGGCAAAUGUUGUCUCUUGUCUUCCCGGUCAUCAACUCUCUUUUGUCCUCAAUGCCGUUUCUGAUACCCUCCCUUCAAAUGCUAAUCUUGUCCUAUGGAGUAAACGUUCUUGUGAUAAAUGUCCUCUAUGUCAUCAACGUCAAACCCUUCUUCACGUUCUCAAUAAUUGCUCAGUCCUCUUACAAUGUCGUCAUUACAAUCAACGUCACGACUCUGUUCUCAGUCUUCUCUAUAAUGCGGCUAUUAACCAUCUACCACAUCAAUUCAACAUCUUUGCUGAUUUAAAAGACUGUGAAGUAAAGUUUCCAUCUGACAUCAUUCCUACUGCACAAAGGCCUGACAUGUUGAUUUGGAAUAAUCAUACGCUCAAAUUUGAUGUCAUAGAACUAACAAUCCCUUUCGAAACAAACUUUUUUGAUGCAAAUAAAAGAAAAUCAGAACGGUAUACAGACUUCAUGAUGACCAUCAAAUCAAAAGGCUUCACCUGUAAGCAACUAAAUAUUCAAAUAGGAUCUAGAGGCUUUAUUGAUACUCCAAGUCUUCUCCCCUUCCUUGAUGUCAUCUCUAUUCCUCCUCACAAUCAACGUCAACUAUUAUCAUCAAUCGUAAAGGUGACAAUUGAAGAAUCUCGUAAAAUAUGGUUAGCCAGAAACAAUAUCUAG